AUGGCGACGAAGACAGGUUCCGCUACCAAUGCGACGGACCAAACCCAUCUCGCCGGGUUGACGCCAUGUAUAUUUCCUCGACUGGGUCCGAAGUCCCAGCAUCACCGCACCAAGCGCCCCAUGACUGCGCGCAUAGUCCUGCAGGAACCGCGGAAACUUCAAGAGCUAGCCAAGUCUGGAAGCUCGGCCCUCUCGAACGCUUUGCGCGUUGCAUGGGCGCUGGUACUUCGAUGCUAUACUGACUCGGAGGACGUCUGCUUCGCUUACCAGGAAACUGGUUCUGGAGCGGCGAUCGGCGGCGAUAUGUCGAUUGCUCGAGUAAAAGUGCAUGAUGAUACAACAUUGACCGAGUUGGUUGAAGACAAAAAAGGUGAGUGCAUCAUAAGCAUUCCGUAUCGCACUGAUGUACCGUUCGGCAAGGCCGGCGCCGCAAAAGUGGCUGAAAAGCUGCUGUUUAAUACGGCGCUGGUGCUUCGAACGCCCACUAAUGUAGGAAUGCCAACCGAGGCUGCGAUAAAUUCUCGACAGGGAAGCAUAAUGCUUCCGGAACAGUGUCGAAUUCGCGUCGUUGCUAAGCACUUCAACGGGAUGAUCACCAUAUUCUUGGAAUGGUGGAGCUCCGAAAUGACCAUGGAUCAGUCGAUGGAUGUCGCCAGCACAUUUGACAAGAUUCUUACUACAACGCUCAACUCUCCUCAAGUUCGCGUUGAAGAAGUUGAUUUCUUCACCGACCGUCACUUGAAACGGGUCCUAAGCUGGAACAGCAAACCGUUGGAGAGAAUAGAUAAAUGCAUACACGAAGUUUUCCAUGAACAGGCGCGCCAACGAGGCAACCACGAAGCCAUACAUGCUUGGGACGGACGUUUUACGUACGCUGAAUUCGACGAAGUCACCUCCCGCUUAGCAAAUCGCUUGAUUCAGAUGGGCGUAGGACCGGAAGUCCGAGUACCCUGCUGUUUUGAGAAAUCGAAAUGGUAUCCUGUCGCAAUAUUUGCGGUAAUGAAAGCUGGAGGCGCGUUUGUUCCUUUCGAUCCAUCGCAUCCAAUUCCACGUCUCCAGUCUCUAAUCCAGAAACUUGGAGCACACAUCUUGCUGUGCUCCGCAAAUCACGCUGAUCGCUUAUCGGAGGGGAUUUGCACUGUGACUCCGGUUGAUCAGGGCCUUAUCAAUCGUCUUCCUCAACUUUCUGGGCCACCAACGUACGUCUCGCGUUGUAGGGCCGACAACGCCGCUUAUUUGAUAUUCACAUCGGGCUCCACUGGAGAACCAAAGGGUACCGUGAUCGAGCAUGCGUCGUAUGUCUCCGGAGCGGACGCUCAUGCCCCAGCCUUGGCCAUUAGCGAGAAUUCCCGUGCCCUGAACUUUGCGGCUCAUACUUUCGACGCCAGCCUUGUCGAGAUCCUCACUCCGCUGCUGGUCGGGGGAACGGUGUGCAUACCGAGCGAGGAGGACCGGAUGAAUGACAUUGUUGGAGUGAUCAAUAGGAUGCGGGUUAACCUUGCGACGCUCACCCCCUCAUUUAUAAAUUUCAUCCCACCGGCCGAAGUCCCUGGUCUAAAAAGCUUGGUGUUGGCGGGCGAGGCAAUGUCGCAGUCACAUGUUGACGCUUGGUCGCACAUCAACCUCAUCAACGGCUACGGACCAACUGAAUCCUCGGUAUGCGCCGUCACGAAUUCUCACAUGACUGCUGACUCCGAACCGACAGACAUCGGGUUUCCGAUCGGCCUUCAUUGCUGGGUUGUCAACCCUAGGGAUCACAAUCGGCUCGUCCCGCCCGGAUGCGUCGGCGAAUUGCUUCUCGAAGGGCCUAGCCUCGCGAGAGAAUAUCUCAACAACCCUGAAAAGACGGAGGACGCCUUCAUCUGCGACCUUGCCUGGGCUAAAAGCGUAAAUGGCAAGCCUAGGCGAUUUUAUAAAACGGGCGACCUUGUUCGCUACAACUCCUUUGAAGGUUCUUUAAACUAUGCCGGGAGAAAAGAUACCCAGAUCAAAUUUCAUGGUCAGCGUAUUGAGCUUGGUGAAAUUGAACACCAUAUUGUCGCUGACCCAAAUGUUAGCCAUGGCCUGGUCCUGUUCCCAAAAAAGGGUUGCUGCAAGGGACGCAUUGUUGCAGUGUUCACUCUCAGUUGUCUUGUCGGUGAUCUCAUGAAUCCAACACCACUGAAACUAGUGUCCCAUUCGCAGAAGAAUGCAGCCGUUAAAGAAAUGCGGCAGCGGCUAGCAGCCAAUCUACCAUCGUACAUGGUCCCCACUAUGUGGCUCUGCGUUGAAGCUUUUCCAAUGUUGUCUUCCAGAAAAUUAGACCGGAAGGCGAUAUCGACGUGGGUGGAUGAAAUUGAUGGCGAACUUUUCCUACAAGUCGCAAUGUCUGGCAAAGAUGACGACGACGAACACGAAACCGAAGGGACCAAGCCCAACGAGGUAGAAGACAAGCUCAGGAGGGUCUGGGCUCGAGUGCUAAACCUUCCUGGAAACCGAAUUGGCCUGAAUCAGAGCUUCCUCAGCUUGGGAGGAGAUUCCAUUACGGCGAUGACAUGCGUGGGACAGUCCAAGAAGGUUGGCCUUGGGUUUACUUUCCAAGAGAUCCUUCGUAGCAAGUCAAUCAGGGAGCUUGCCCCCUGUGCAAGGACCACAAUCCAGACUGUUGACUAUCAGGAAGAAGUCGACCAAGAGUUCGAUCUCACACCCAUCCAGCAGUACCACUUCCAAGUUCGUGAGGAGAGUCAGGGCUAUUUCAACCAAAGUUUCUUUUUGAAGCUCGCUCGACCAACAUCAGAGGCCGUCCUUCGCCAGGCAGUCGAGGUCAUCGUUGAUCGCCAUUCAAUGCUCCGCGCCCGUUUUAGUAGACAAGAUCCAAACGGGGAAUGGAAGCAACGCAUUACUUCCGAUGUAGCCUCUUCCUAUCGGCUUCGCACUCACCACAUCAAUUCGCGGGACGAGGCAGACGCAGCGAUCGCCGAUAGCCAGAGUUCAAUGGACAUUGAACAUGGUCCAUUGUUCACCGCCGAUCUCUUCGACGUGGGCAAGGAAGAGCAGCUCCUUUCCAUGGUCGGACAUCAUUUGGUUAUCGAUCUGGUCUCGUGGAGAGUAAUUUUAGAGGAUCUGGAAGAGUUAUUGCUGAAUCCUCACAAUCCGUCGCUUGCAUCCCCGUCCAUUCCGUUCCAAACAUGGUCCAAGCUUCAAAUAGACCAUUGCCAGGACCUUGACUUGUCGAAAGUUAUCUCAGCCGGAGAGAUUCCUGCCGGUAAUUUCUCUUACUGGGACAUUGACCCCCAGCUGAACACUUAUGGUGCUGCUGCUUGCGAAGUGUUCGAAAUGGAUAGUCCGACUACUUCACUUUUGCUGACAAAAUGCCAUAACGCUAUGCGUACCGAACCGGUUGAUGUCUUGGUUGCUGUGCUCAUUCAUUCAUUCGCGGAGACAUUCCCUGACCGCGAUGUCCCCGCUAUCUAUAAUGAAGGCCACGGCCGUGAACCUUGGGACGACUCAAUUGAUAUUUCUCAUACAGUUGGAUGGUUCACAACAGUGUAUCCCGUUUUUGUCCCCACCUCAAGCUCAGAUGACAUCGCCAACACUGUGAUGCGCGUCAAGGACAUUCGUCAUCGUGUCCCAGGCAACGGUCGACACUACUUCGCCUGCCGAUUCCACACUAAAGAAGGCAAGGAUAGAUUUAGCCAUCACGCUCCAAUGGAGGUAUCUUUCAACUACCUGGGCCAAUAUCAGCAAUUGGAGCGGACGGAUGCCCUGCUGCACCCGGUGGACGAGAUGGCAGGUGAAGCUAGAGAGGCAGGAGGCUCAGCUGACUAUGAUAAAACCACACCGCGGUUUGGUCUCUUUGAAAUCUCUGCCGUGGUCGCUGGUGGGAAACUCCGAUUUGCCUUUACAUUUAACCGGCACAUGAAACACCAACCUGCUAUCCGGAAAUGGGUCUCUCGAUGUCAGCGGAACUUAAGUCAUAUUGCCAGCGAAUUCGUGACUAUGGCUCCCCGGAUAACACUCAGCGAUUUCCCACUCUUGCCAUUAACAUACGAUGAUCUUAAUUCCAUGGUCACCGAUAAAUUACCGCAAAUUGGCUUAUCUAGUCUGAGUCAAGUGGAGGAUGCUUUCCCAUGUUCCCCAAUGCAGCAAGGGCUGCUGAUCAGCAGAAAUAAAGACGGCGCAUUCUAUUCUGUUCACGUAACCUUUGAAGCUAAGCCUCAGGGUCGUAACCAUGUGGAUGCUGAGCGGCUUGCUUCUGCAUGGUCGAAAGUGGUUGAACAUCACCCAGCUCUUCGCACCGUGUUCGUCGAGGGUCUGACUUCUGACGGUCUUUUUAACCAAUUAGUCCUUAAGAGCAUCAAGCCCCAGCUACUUCGGCUGCGAUGUAAGAGCGAUAAUGACGUACUUCCUACGCUACAGAACCAAAAGCCAUAUGGCUAUGAUGAUGAUAGCAAGCCUCCGCAUCGGCUUACGAUCUGCCAAACGUCGAAUGGAAAGGUUUUCUGUCGCCUUGAGAUGAGCCAUGCCAUUAUGGACGGCAUGUCAAUCUCGAUUAUCUUCCGUGACCUUGCGUUGGCGUAUACUGAAAACCUCGCCAAAGAGCCUGCCGUGUCCUAUAGCGCUUUUAUUGCUUACCUUCAAGAGCAGCCAACUGCCAAAGGAAUUGAAUUCUGGACUUCUUACCUCAAGGGCGUAGAGCCAAGUCACUUCCCCGCCCUGAACGACGGGAUCACAGCUGAAAAGGUGCUCCGCACCCUACGACUUGACUACAAACAAUUAGCGGACCUCCAGAACUUUUGCGAUUCUAACGGACUUACACUUUCAAAUGCGAUCAAUACUGCAUGGGCGCUCACUUUACGGUCCUAUCUCGGCUCUGAAGAAGCAUGCUUUGGAUACCUGUCUUCGGGACGUGAUAUUCCCGUGCCUGGCGUCGAUAACGCUGUUGGACCUUUCAUCAACAUGCUUGCAUGUCGAGUAAGUAUGCCCAAUGACCGUCCUCUCAGUAAAGUCCUCGACGCCGUCCAGCAAGAUUACAUGGACAGUCUGCCGCACAAGCACAUUUCUCUUGCCGCGGUUCAACACGCAUUGAAACUCUCUGACGUCGCUCUCUUCAAUACCUGUGUCUCCUAUCGCCGACUUCCGACAAAUAGAAAUACAGAACAACAGAUGAUUGAGUUUAGUGAAUACUGCCCAAUUCAUGACCCAACGGAAUAUCCUGUCUCUUUGAAUAUUGAAGUUUCUGACAUUGAAGUUUUUAUCGACCUCGAUUACUGGACGGAUUCCAUUUGCGAGCAGCAAGCAAGGAACAUUGCUAACACUUUUAUUCGAUCCCUUGAAAACAUAACCUACAACGCAAAACAGCUAGUCGCCCAACUAGAUAAUGUCAGUACACAAGAUUAUGAAAAUAUCUGGUCGUGGAACUGCAAUAUUCCGGAAACAAUCAAUGAGUGCGUGCACGAAGUGGUCAGGAAGCAGGCGAGAGCCCGUCCAGAUGAUCCUGCUAUUUGCGCCUGGGAUGGAGAUUUCACCUAUCGUCAACUUGACGAGAUCUCAACACACCUGGCAAAUUACUUUGCGGCCUUGGGCGUUGUCCCAGAAUCGUUUGUCCCUAUCUGCUUCGACAAGUCUGCUUGGACCAUUAUUUCCAUGCUUGGUGUCUUGAAGGCGGGCGGUGCAUGUGUGCCCCUGGACGCUACGCAUCCCAAAAAUACGCUUCAGUACAAGGUUAUGGACUGUGAUGCACAGAUAGUAGUGGCAUCGCCACAGAGGGCUUCCAUGUUUGAAGACAUGGUUCCAUAUGUCGUGGCAGUCAAUUCUGAUCUGAUUGACGAGAUCGCAGAAUAUGAUGAGUUCUGCGGUAUACCUUCGGAGCCCACGAACCCAUGUUUCAUUAUCUUCACUUCGGGAAGUACAGGAAAGCCAAAGGGAGUCGUGUUGGAACAUCGUUCAAUUGUGUCGAGUGCCGAAGCUCACGGUUCUGCCCUGGGCCUUGGACCACAAAGCCGAGUCUUGCAAUUCGCUGCCUACACUUUCGAUAACAGUCUUGAAGAGAUGUUUACUACGCUCAUGCGUGGAGGCUGCGUCUGCGUCCCGUCGGAAGAAGACCGGUUCAACAACCUCGCUGGCGCUAUCAACAAACUAAAUGCAAACUUCAUGGAUCUCACUCCCACCGUUGCCUCCUUUAUUCACCCUAGCGAUGUCCCAUCAAUUAAGGCUAUCGGAAUUGGAGGUGAGGCUAUGACAAAAGCAGUCAAGGAUAUUUGGUGUUCAAUUCCGAUCCACAAUCAGUACGGACCUUCAGAGUGCUCAAUUAACUGCACUCAUAACCGUAAUGCUGCAACGACCGAUGUUUCCAAUAUUGGAAAAAGCGUUGGGAGUGUAUCCUGGGUCGUUGAUCCGUCCGACCACAAUAAACUAGUGCCUAUUGGUGCUGUUGGUGAGCUUCUUGUUGAGGGACCGAUCGUCUCCCGUGGUUAUCUCAACGACCCAGAAAAGACGGCCAAAUCCUUUAUCGAAAAUCCAUCUUGGGUUGAAAAGGACCCAGCUCCGCGUAUCAAUUCAAUCAGGAGAAUGUACAAGACCGGUGAUUUGGUCAGAUACGACAGCGAUGGAUCAAUAGUUUAUCUCGGCAGGAAAGAUACCCAAGUCAAAUUAAACGGGCAGCGCAUCGAACUUGGAGAAAUAGAAUACUGUGUUAAAAUCAACUUGCCAGAGUCUACUCAGUCAGCUGUUCAGCUAAUUGUUACCGGUGGCGUUAAAACCCUUGCUGUCUUUUUAUGUAUGAAAUCAAGUGGUUCGACAACGGCCCCUGACUCAGACAGCAUUCUCCUUCCAAUGGAUGCAACCGUCGAGUCUACUGCAAGAUCCCUCGAGUCAGCAUUAUUAGCGGUAAUACCUGCAUAUAUGGUCCCCGGAGCGUACAUUCCUGUGUCAGAAAUGCCACUCACCGCGUCCGGGAAACUCGACCGCCGGGCACUGUGCAAUGCAGCCCAGUCCUUGUCCGAUGAACAAGCAUCUACUUACAGGCUUGGAGAUUUUGGUGGGGGAAGAGCACCCGAAACCGAGACUGAAGCGAUCCUGCAACAGUUAUGGGCAUCCGUUUUAUCCAAGCCGACUUCUGUUAUUGGAGCCGAUGAUAGCUUUUUCCGCCAUGGUGGAGAUUCAAUCGGUGCUAUGAAGCUCGUUACUGCUGCUCGAAGAAAAGGGCUUAUACUUUCUGUCGCGAGCAUUUUCCAGCAUCCGAAGCUCUCUGAGAUGGCUGCAUCGUGUCAGGGUUCUGCUGAGAGUACAGAGUUGACUAAUGGAAUCACCAUGAUGCCAAACCCUAUAAAGCCAUUCUCUUUGCUUCCAAAGGAUGUUGACAUUAAUGAACUUGUGAAUGAAGUUUCGGAUAUAUGUGACGUUUCAGCCAAGUCAGUUCAAGAUAUUUACCCUUGCACGUCUAUACAAGGUGGUUUGGUUGCUUUGUCCAGCAAGCAACCCGGAGCGUACGUCGCUCAAAAUAUUUUCCGUUUGCCAUCAAAUGUCGAUUUCCAUAAAUUUAGGAAGGCAUGGCAGGCGGUAGCCGAUGCGGAGGCAGUUCUUCGUACCCGGAUUGUCUUUACAGAAACUUUGGGCUUCCUCCAGGCUGUUGUCGACGCGCCAAUCGACUGGAACUCGGUAAGAACGAUUCGAGAUAUUGCAAGUGAAGAUCGUAAUUUACCUCCGCAUGAUGGUGGAAUACUUUGCAGGUAUACUAUCGUCGGCGAGCGUUCACAAUCGCCACAAUUUGUUUGGACCGUUCAUCACGCUUUAUAUGACGGAUGGAGCAUACCCACUUUGCUAAACAGAGUGGCCGCCUGCUACCGCAAUGCUGAUUCGCUGGGGGUUGCUGUCGAGACUCCAUUCUCACGGUUCCUUCAAUAUCUAAACGCCAUCGACAAAAAGGCUUGCGACGAUUUUUGGAUGGCUCGACUAGAAGACCCAACAUCGUCGCCAUGGCCGCGACUCCCGAACUCCCAUUACCAGGUCAAAGCACACGAGAAACUUUCCCAAGCUGUGAAACUUCCGCCGAUGUCAGAUAAGGAAAUAACGGUCGCCUCGACUAUUCGUGCGGCUUGGGCGUUAAUUGCCUCUCUAUACUCGAAUUCCGACGACGUUAUAUUCGGGGAGAUGCUGACUGGACGAGAUGCCCCUGUUCCCGGCAUUGAGGAUAUGAUCGGCCCGACAUUUACCUCAAUUCCUUCUAGAGUCCGCAUCAAUCGUGGUCUUACUGUUGCUGAGUUCUUGAAGGAUGUCCAAAAUCAGUUCGUACAGGCUAUGCCGUAUCAAUUUGCCGGGAUCCAAAAUAUCAAGCGCCUUGGGUCCGAUGCCGCUUUGGCGUGCGAAUUCCAAAACCUUCUCACCAUCACCCAGGAUGCAGACGAAACCGCGGAUGGUUUUUGGAAUAUGAUCAGUUCUGGAGUAGAGGGAAGCGACUUCUUCUCCUAUCUUUUGAACAUCUCUUGCACAAUUGCUAAGUCAGAAAUUCGUAUUGAUACUCACUAUGAUGCUAGCGUUCUUCCGCAAUGGCAAGUGGAACGAAUUAUAAACCAGCUGAGCACUCUGCUCAGGCGACUAGCGUCCAAUGACUAUUCAGAAACCAAGCUCGGCGAUAUGGACGUUAUGAACUCUCAAGACAUAGAGCUUAUUGAAGAGUUGAAUUCAACUGGAGCGGAGCUCUAUGACAGAUGCGUUCACGACAUGUUUUAUGAUCGAGUCCGGACGGAUCCCACUGCCCUGGCUCUUGACGCCUGGGAUGGAACCUUCACAUUUGAGGAGCUAGAUGAUGUCUCUACAAAACUAGCUCAUCAUUUGGUCGACUUGGGAGUUUGCGCCGAUCCGGAGGUUUAUGUUCCUCUAUGCUUUGAAAAGUCGGCCUUUGCAGUGGUUUCCAUGUUGGCAGUGAUAAAGGCCGGAGGUGCCUUUGCUUUCCUGGACCCCACCCAUCCAAUUGUUCGACUUCAAGGAAUUACAACUGAUCUUGAAGCAUCCAUGGUCCUCUGUUCUUCCCGGCAUAAAUCAAUUUGCGAGGAUUUGGCACCGCAGACCUUAGUCGUCGACAUGGCCUUACUCCGGACGUUGCCAUCACGGUCGCAACUGCUACCUCAAGUUCCUACAGAUAAUGGAGCAUAUGUUAUAUUUACCUCUGGUACAACAGGAAAGCCGAAAGGAAUUUUAGUUGAACAUCGUAACGUCUGCUCCGGUGCCAUGAGCCAUGGUCCGGCAGUGUGCCUCAAACCUUAUCGUCGCGCCCUUCAAUUUUCGUCUUUCACUUUUGAUGCUAGUAUACUCGAAACGCUUACGGCCCUCAUCAUUGGAGCAUGUGUUUGCAUGCCAAAUGAUUUUGAUCGUAUAAACAACAUAGAAGAAUUUAUCACUAAGAUGAACAUUGACUGGGCCGAAUUCACUCCGUCCUUUGCUCGCGUUAUAUCACCUGAAGAUGUUCCGACGCUCAAGACUCUCUCACUCGUCGGUGAAAGUCUGUCCGAGUCCGAUGUUACCACCUGGGCUAAUAGAGUCCAGCUUGUGAAUGGCUAUGGACCAUCUGAGGCAACAGUACUCUCAACGGUCAAAAGCCAGAUAACCACAAAGACAAACCCCGUUAACAUUGGCCAAGCACUAGACCGCUGCUGGAUUGUGGACCCGCAAAACCAUGAUAGGCUUGUUCCAGUUGGCGCCGUAGGUGAGCUCCUUGUGGAAGGUCCUACCGUUUCCCGAUGCUAUUUGAAGGACCCCGAAAAGACCGCUAGCGUAUAUAUCAAAAACCCUAAGUGGGCGCAGCGCACUCAGUCUGGGGACAGAAGAAUGUACAAAACCGGUGACCUUGUGAGGUAUCACAACGACGGAUCGAUGGAUAUCAUCUACAUUGGCCGGAAAGACAACCAGGUUAAACUUCGUGGACAACGCCUUGAGAUCGAUGAAGUUGAACACCACCUUCGAGCGGAUGACGCUGUUGUGAAUUGCGUUGUAACUAUCCCGAAAGGAGGCAUUCAUGCCAAACGGCUGGUGGCUGCAAUCUUUUCGGAGGACGCUACCAGAGGUGACCCAUCCACCAAACUCGAAAUGAUUCCUUUCGAUGAUGUAGCCCCGAUGAUGUCCGCUAUUCAAGAACGUUUACGUCGUCUUCUACCGCCAUAUAUGGUUCCAACAAAAUGGGUAUCUUUCAAAUCGAUGCCUAUCAUGCCCUCCGGGAAAUUGAAUCGACGGCAAAUUAUAAAAUUCAUUGAAGAAAUGCAGAGAGACCAUGCGAGAAAACCGCCCGUUCAGCAGGCUCGGGAAGUUGACGUGACCCCUGUGAUCGACGUUGUCGAAGAACUUCGAAAAGCGUGUAGUCAUGUACUCAAGAUACCCUUGGACGAAGUUGAGCCCGAAACCUCGUCAUUUUUACAUUUGGGUGGUGACAGCAUUUCUGCGAUGCAAGUUAUGGCACGAUGCCGUUCCCAAGGUUUAACUGUGGCCGUGCAGGACAUCAUGCAAGCCAAAUCAAUAAACCAGCUGGCUACUCUAGUCAAACUCUCGAAGAAAAACAUGAAUGCUGAGAAAUCUGAGAAGGCUGAAAUGACUGGGAGGAUCGAAAAGGCUGAGAAACCACAGAUUAAUAACAAAAUUGAGAGCAUUCCACAGUGUGAUAUCAUCCUUGAACUCCAAAAGGUCUGGAGUCAUGCCCUAAACCUGGCACUCGACGAGACUGAGCUCGACUGCUCGUUUUUGCAUCUGGGAGGAGACAGUAUUUCGGCCAUGCAAGUGAUGGCAAAAUGUCGCUCGCAGGGUAUUAAAAUUACUGUCAAAGAUAUCAUGCAAGCUAGAUCAAUUAGAGAACUCUCUACCCAAGUUACGUUCUCUGGUGGUAGGCGUCCCAGGGCUGAAGCGGAAGUUGAGAUACCCCAAAAGUUAGAAGAUACAAGGUCAUUCAACCUGUCCCCCAUUCAGCAACUUUACUUUGACUGCGUUGGGGACAACUGGAAACAGUUCAACCAAAGCGUCUUGAUGCGCUUGACCUCGGAACGCAGUCCUGAUGAUAUCGCUCGCGCUAUCACUAAAUUGGUUACAAUCCACCCGAUGCUACGAGCUCGCUUUGAGAAGAACGAAGCUGGAAAUUGGCAUCAAUGGAUUUCUGGUGACAUUUUGACAUCUUACCGUUUCCGUGCUCACAAUGACGUCAAACCGAGCCAGGUGAAGUUGUUAAUUGAAGACAGCCAGAAAUGCCUUGAUAUCGAGAAUGGACCCCUUUUUGCCGUUGACAUGUUCGAUCUACCUAAAAAAGAAAGCCAAAUUUCUCUGGUUGCUCAUCACCUUAUUAUCGAUGUGAUGUCUUGGCGCGUUAUUCUCCAGGAUCUCGAGGACGUGCUGGCCGGCACUGAACUUCAACUCCACACUUCCACUUCGUUCCAGGAUUGGUGCAAGCUCCAAACAGAAAAUGCCCAGAAAGAAACACCUGAAACAGUUCUCCCGGCCUCAGACGUGCCCACUGCUGACUUCGAUUAUUGGGGGAUGUCAAACAAAUCAAAUUUGAACGGCGAUAUCCAAACAGAAGAAAUUGAGCUUAGUGCAAGUUCCACGAAGCAGCUAGCAACGGCAUGUCAUGAGAAUUUUGGAGCAGACACGGUCGAUGUUAUACUCGCUUCUAUUCUUCUCUCAUUCCAUCGAGAAUUUACGGACAGGAAAAUACCCCCGCCGGUGUAUAAUGAAGGACAUGGACGAGAACCCUGGAGCCCGGAGCUUGAUCUUUCCUCUACCGUGGGGUGGUUUACCACAAUGAGCCCAAUAUAUCUGCCCUAUGAUGCCGAAACCUCUGGCGACCUUACUCUUUUGGACACCAUCCUGUGGGUCAGAGACUUACGACGCCGCACUCCCGGCAAAGGCAGACCUUACUUUGCCUAUCGAUACUUAACGGAUGAUGGAGAAAAAUAUUUUGGAAAGCACUGGCCUAUGGAGAUCUGCUUUAAUUACCUUGGCCAAAUGCAGCAAAAUGAGCAGAGUAUCGCCAUUCUUCAACCUGUCGGUGGUGCCGGAGGUCAAUCCAUCAACACACUCUCCGAUAUUGGAGCAGAAGUACCUCGGUUUUCCCUGAUCGAAAUAUCAGCCGUUAUCACUGAUGGAACGCUGAAGGUAUCCUUUGGCUUCAAUAAACACAUGAAACGGAAAAAUGGAAUCUUGAAUUGGCUUUCUGGCUGCAAUACCCUCCUUGAAGAAGCGGGAACUUUCAAGAAAAUCAAUACACAGAGCCCAAGAGAAUUCCCUCUCCUUCCACUGGUAUAUGGCAGUCUUACUAAACUGCAAAAGCAAGUUCAGGAGUUAGGGAUCUCUAUUGACGAAGUGGAAGACGCGUAUCCACCUUCUCCUAUGCAGCAAGGGAUUCUCAUCAGUCAACUGAAGGAUCCACAGAAAUAUUCGUUCCAUUUUGCUUAUGAAGUCAAGUCGAACAAGCGAAACCACCGAAUUGAUGGCCGUCGAUUGGAAGCGGCAUGGAAGGCUGUGGUUUCUCGGCACCCGUCUCUAAGAACAGUAUUCAUCAACAGCGUUAGCACCAAAGGUCUCAUGGACCAAGUCGUCUUGAAGAAAGUUAUGGCAAAUACCCUAUACCUCGAAGCGGAAACAGCAGAAAAAGCAUUUGCAAGUGUUGAACCUUUUGACUGCAGUGAAAAGAGGCCCCCUCACAGAUUUGCCGUCUGCCAAACCUUUGAUGGUCGGGUGUUCUGUAAAGUUGAUAUCAGUCACGCAAUCUCCGAUGGCACAUCUAUGAGACUCAUGAUCCAAGACCUAACAGCUGCUUAUGAGGCAACGUCAGCCAUUGAACCAGGGCCGCUUUACAGUGAAUUUAUUCAAUAUCUGCAAAGAACCCCCAAGGAGGAAGCGUUAAAAUACUGGAAGACUUAUCUCUCUGGAAUCGAACCAUGUCUGCUACCAUCGCUUGCUGAGGUUCCCAUCCCUUCUAAAAGAGAGCCUAAAGACUAUGUUUUAACAAUCAACCGGGGAUCUGAGCUACAGAAGUUCUGCAGGAAGCACGGAUUAACGCCUGCGAACGUACUUCAGCUUAUCUGGGGCUUGGUUCUCGUAGCAUAUACCGGUACGGAUGAAGUUUGCUUCGGUGUAGUUUCGUCCGGAAGAAAUGUCCCCGUUAAUGGCAUUCAAGAAGCUGUCGGCGCUUUUAUCAACAUGAUCAUCUUUCGCCUCAAGCUAUCGAACAAUACCUCGUUAGUUGACACUUUCCGGCAGCUGCAAACAGACUUCAUGCGCAGCCUGGAGUAUCAAAGCUGCUCACUUACAGAGGUACAACAUGCACUUGGCUUCUCUGAUACACCAUUGUUCAAUACCGCCUUCACAUUCCAGAAAGGCUCGGAUGCAGACUCCCCUACUCCUAUGAUCACAUUCGAGCAUUUCGAUUCGACCGACCCCAAUGAGUUUAAUCUCUCUAUCAACGUCAGUCUUAUCGAUUCAUCCUUGCUCAUUGGAUUUGGCUACUGGACCGACACGAUAUCGGAUGCACAUGUUGUCAACAUAGCAAAAACAUUCGAGCAUUUGUUGGAUGAGCUCAUCAACAAUAAUGGAGAUGCUAGAGUAGUGGGAGAUCUUGACUUGCUAGGCGAACAUAGCUGCAAGCAAAUUCGCACUUGGAAUAGUCAACCCCCAAAGAUUGUCAACAAGUGUAUUCAUGAGCUUAUCCAACAGCAGGCCUUGCUUCGCCCGAGGACAACCAAGGCAGUCGAAGGCUGGGAUGCAUCUUUCACAUAUGCUGAAUUGGAUGCGAUCGCAUCCCGAUUAGCAGGCCAUCUCAUCGGUUUUGGAGUCGGACCCGAUGUUUAUGUUCCCCUUUUCUUUGAAAAGUCGGCAUGGUCUGUUGUUGCGCAGCUCGCCGUUCUUAAAGCUGGCGGAGCAUUUGUACAUGUUGAUCCAACCCACCCCGAAAGCAGAUUGCGCCUGCUUAUCGAAGAUGUUGGAGCGGAUUUCAUUGUCUGCUCUCCAAAGUACCGUGAAAAGGCAUCUAAGGUCACAAAAACCAUAUUCGUACUCGACCCUCAAGAUGUUCGGAAGCUUCCUAAUACCCAAGCAACUCCUCCUACCCCUCCUCGGCCCUCUAAUGCAGCUUACAUCAUUUUCACUUCCGGGACCACAGGCCGUCCAAAGGGGACAGUCAUUGAACACGGAGCAAUCUGUACGAGCUCCCUCGCUCACGGCGAGGCGUUUUUGAUGAACGGUUCCUCUCGAGUAUUCCAAUUCGCUUCGUACACCUUCGACGCCUCAGUCAUUGAAAUUACCACGUGUUUGAUCAUGGGUGGCUGCGUCUGUGUGCCUAGUGACGAGGAACGAAUGAACGAUAUCGCCAACGCCAUGACAAAAUAUAGGGCGAACUGGGUGUUCCUGACUCCAUCUGUUUUGAGUACCAUAAAACCUGGUCAAGUUCCAACUCUGAAGGUCAUUGCGGUAGGCGGAGAACCCAUGCCAGAAAAGAUCAUAGAAGAAUGGAAAGGUGGUCCAGCGAUAAUCAACACUUACGGCCCAACCGAAAACUCCGCCAUCUCCUCUGCGAGUCCCAAAGUUGAUACUAAUGGAGUUACUGUCGACAAGGAUCGAUUAAAUAUUGGACCGGCCGUUGGAUGUAGAGCCUGGGUAGUUGACCCCAACAACUACAAUCGUCUCGUCCCAGUGGGUGCAGUAGGAGAACUUCUAUUAGAGGGUCGCACUGUUGGUAGAGGAUACCUUAAUAACCCACAGAAAACAGCGGAAGUGUUUCUCGAUAGGCCCGAAUUUACCGAAGAUCGUCGAUUAAGAGAUCUAAUCCCUCGUCAAUGUCGGAUGUACCGGACCGGUGAUCUAGUCAGGUGGAAUCCUAAUGGUACUAUCAACUUUAUCUCGAGAAAAGACACGCAGAUUAAGCUAAAUGGCCAACGAGUCGAGCUUGGUGAAAUUGAGCACCAGUGUAUAGCCAACCUUCCAGAGAAAACACAGGCCGCUGUCGACUUGGUUGUACCAUCAGAUUCCAGCAAAAAAACCCUUACCGUGUUUUUCACUGUUUCGUUUUCGGAUGUCGAUAAAUCCAUUUUGACCAAAGCUGAUGGUUCCAGCUGUGAUGAACUUCUGAUCCCAAUGGACGAUACCAUCAGAUCUGUGGCAAAGUCACUGGAGACGGGCUUGGGAGCCUGCGUGCCCUCGUAUAUGAUCCCACGUCUUUUCAUUCCCGUUUCCAGGCUUCCUUGGACUUCAUCUGGUAAGCUUGAUCGUAACCGCCUCCGAAAUAUGGUCCAGGAUUUGUCGAAAGAGUCCGUUCGCUUGUACCGGCCAAAAGCGCAAAAUAACAAACCUGCUUCAACGUCUAGCAUAGAGAAAAAACUUCAAGCCUUGUGGGAGAAAAUUCUCAACCUGCCACCUGGUUCUGUGAGCGCCACAGAUAGUUUUUUCAAGCUUGGAGGAGAUUCGUUAACCGCCAUGCAACUAGCUGGAAGUGCACGCGCACAGGGUAUGUCGCUGACAUUCUCCAACAUUUUCAAGUUCCCGAUAUUAUCGGACAUGGUUAGCAGUUGUGGCGUUUUGAAGAAGACAGAGGCUCCAUCCCAACUGAAGCCGUUCAGUCUGUUACCUAAACCAGAACUAGUCGAAGAUGUAAAACAGGAAGCAGCUGAACUUUGCCGCGUGAGCGAAAGCGACAUCCAUGACAUUUAUCCUGCGAGCUCACUUCAGGAAGGAUUUAUCACACUCGCGAUAAAGCAGCCUGGUGCAUACAUAGCGCAAAGUAUAUUCCGCCUUGAUGCUGCUGUUGAUAUCCCCAGAUUUAAGGCUGCCUGGCAAACAGUUGUGAAUGAUUUGGACAUGCUAAGGACCCGUAUUGUUCACACUGCAUCGUCUGAUUUUCUUCAAGUGGUUCUCAAGAAGGAGACGUUCGCGUGGGGUUCCUCCUCCAGUUUGGAAUCAAUUUCCGAUGAAGCUACCCAACUACCAGCGCAUAAUGGCGGGCAAUUAGCGAGGUUCUCGCUCGUCGAUGAUAGAAAAUUGGGUUCGCGAUUCUUUGUUUUGUCUAUGAGUCACGCUCUUUAUGACGGAUGGAGCCUUCCACUCAUGCUGAAGAGAGUCGAAAACGCAUACUUCGGUCGGGUUUCGCCCCCGCAGCAAGCCUCCUAUUCCAGAUUCGUUCAAUACUUGAAAAAUGCAGACCUCGAUGCGUCGGAUAAGUUCUGGAGAUCCAAGCUGGCUGGAAUUUCUUCCGAUAAAUUCCCCCAAGUUCCACUUUCAGCUGGCGAUAAACCCUUGGCAACACGGACUAUCUCAAGCCGUACAAAUAUCCCCACUCAACAAUCUGGCGAUGUGACACUACCAACUAUUAUCAGAGCCGCUUGGGCUCUAGUUGUUGGCAGCCAUACCGGAACCGACGACGUCUGCUUCGGCGAGACCCUGACCGGACGGAACAUCAAUGUUCCCUUCAUCACCGAGAUCGUCGGCCCAACGCUCACGACGGUUCCAACAAGGAUUCAAAUAGAUCGAAAGGAGACACUUGCAAACUACUUGCAAAAGGUACAGCAGGAGAGCGCAGAUGUAGUGCCACAUCAACAUGUCGGUUUGCAGCGUAUCAACAGACUAGACGGCGACACUGCAGUUGCGUGUGAUUUCCAAAACCUUUUGGUCGUCCAAACGUCCCACGAGAAAAUCCAGGAAGAUUUCUGGGAUUUCCAAGAUCUCGACAAUUUUCAGAACUUCUUAACGUACCCCCUCGCCGUUGAAUGCAACAUUGGAGACAGCUACGUGGACAUAACUGCUUACCACAACGAGAAUGCAAUAAACAGCUGGCAAAUGCAGCGGAUUUUAGACCAGUUUAGCUCUGUCAUUCAACAAAUCGUCGAGGCCUCGGAAACCAACAAAGUGAAGGUAAACGAUAUUGAAGUUUUUAGCGAAAAGGACAAAGAGACAGUUGCCUGGUGGAACCGUCGCAAGCCGUUAGCCCUCAAUGAAUGCAUCCACGAUUUAUUCACCAGGAAAGCAGAGUCUCAGCCGUCUUCUCCCGCCGUUUGCGAUGCUGAAGUUGAGCUUACCUACGAAGAACUUCGAAGCCAUGCCUCGCGGCUCGCUUUACAUCUAAUCUCCAUCGGUGUUGGACCCGAAGUACUCGUUCCGAUUUGUCUCGAUAAGUCUGUUUGGGUAGUUGUGACGCUCAUGGCUGUGCUUAUGGCCGGGGGAGCUUUCGUUGCCCUAGAUCCAUUGCAUCCUACUUCCCGCCACAAAGAGAUUAUUAUAGAAACGCAUGCCGAGAUAGUGCUCUGCUCACCAAAAUACCGGGAGCGCUUUGUCGAUUUUGUGAAGCACGUUAUGGCCGUUGAUAGGAGAUCUAUUACCAACCUACCUCGCGGUGACUAUGGCAGGCUUUCUGGUCGAGCAAAUCCUGAGAAUACAGCGUAUGUUGUUUUCACGUCUGGUAGCACUGGCCGAGCCAAGGGGGUAGUUAUCGAGCAUAAGGCUUUCUGCAGCAGCUCUGCGGCGUUCGCACCUGCCACACUCAUGGAUUCUCGCUCACGCACUCUUCAGUUUGCGUCUCUUUCAUUCGAUGCAGCGGUUAUGGAUAUCCUAACACCUCUCUCUUUGGGCGGCUGCGUUUGUGUGCCCACUGAAGAGGAGAGACUCAAGGAUAUUGCGGGAGCAAUCCGUAGAAUGCGUGUGACUUGGGCUUGUCUAACGCCAUCAGUCACGAACAUUAUUGAUCCAGCCAACGUUCCCUCUAUAAAAACGCUGGUUUGUGGUGGCGAAACACUCUUUCCCGAAGUCAUUCUGAAAUGGGGAGACAAGGUUAACUUGAUAAACGCAUACGGGCCUUCGGAAUGCGCAGUGGUUUCAACGACUAAUCAAAACGUAUGUCUUCAAAACCCUUCUUCUAUCGGUGUCUCAAUUGCGGCUACCACAGCUUGGGUCCUGGAUCCAGUCGAUCAUGACCGACUCGCUCCGUUGGGAGGGGUAGGUGAAUUGGCGCUGAGUGGCUCGACUCUUGCGAGGGAAUACCUUAACAACCCCGAGAAAACUAGCGAGGCUUUUGUUGAGGAUCUGGCAUGGGCGGUACGGUUUAGUGGUGUGGUGCCAGUUCGCAGGAUCUACAAAACCGGUGACCUCGUGAGAUAUAAUCCCGAUGGCUCCCUUGAGUUUAUUGGCCGCAAAGACAAUCAAGUCAAGCUCCACGGCCAGCGGAUGGAGCUUGGGGAGAUCGAACAUCGACUAUAUAUCGAUCGUCGGAUCAAACAUGCCGUUGUCCUUAUGCCCAACUCUGGUCUAUGCAAAGGACGACUCGUGGCUAUAGUUUCGCUCCGCAGCCUACCGUCCGAAGCUUCAGGUAUAUCCGGUGGUGAUCUUGAACUUGUCAACGAGAGACAAUUGUUUGACGAAGUUUGCUCUCAACUGAAUGAGGUUCAAGAUAAUCUUUCGAACCAACUUCCUCCGUUCAUGAUUCCACAAACUUGGGUUGUUGUGCAUGCUAUUCCAUUGUUAGCCUCAGGGAAGAUUGAUAGGAAAAAGGCUAUCGCCUGGAUUGAGAAUAUCGACGAAAAAGCCUAUGAGCAAAUCAUGGGCGCAAACGAGGUGGACGGCAAUGAAGUACAGGCAAGUGACGCAGCCAAAGUCGUACAGAAAGUCUGGUCGACGGUUCUCAAUAUUCCUCUCAGCAAAAUCAGGUUAAACCAAUCCUUUAUGAGCCUAGGAGGUGAUAGUAUAGCAGCAAUGAGCGUUAUGUCCCGGUGCAGACGAGAAGGAAUCAAUCUUUCGUUUCACGAUAUCCUCCGCUGCAAGUCGAUCAUGUCCCUCGUGGAGCGCGUUACCUCUACAGCUAAUACUGUUCAGAAAGACGAAGUAAUCAACGUGCCGUUUAGUCUCUCUCCCAUUCAAAAACUGUACUUUGAGUCUUCCAACGUCUAUACAGGCAGUGGGCGCUUUAACCAAAGUUUCUCAUUACGGAUUACGAAGCAAGUCCAUCCAGUCGACGUGAGACAGGCGAUUGAAGCAAUCGUCAGUAAACAUUCAAUGCUUCGAGCUCGAUUUAGCCAGGAUGCACUCGGUAUUUGGCAACAAAGGAUUACCAAUGAUCUCGGCACGUCUUAUCGUUAUCGCACCCAUAAUAUAGCCGGGACCCACCAGAUUCCGUCAAUUAUUUCAGAGAGUCAAAUAUGUUUGGAUAUUGAAAACGGCCCAAUUUUUGCUGCUGACCUAUUUAACUGUCGGAAUGAUUGUCAAAUGCUAUUCCUUGCUGCUCACCAUUUAUGUGUUGACAUGGUUUCGUGGCGCAUUAUGCUCCAGGACCUCCAGGACUAUCUUGAAACCGGCUCGCUUUCGGCCGAUAAGCCUCUCCCUUUCCAAGUAUGGUGUUCUAUGCAAGCCGAACAUCGCCAGAAACAUACAUCGAGAAAACUACUUCCAUUCGACGUCCAGCCUUCGAACUUUACAUACUGGGGAAUGGAAGGAAAGAAGCCAAGUUACAAAAACGCAGAGCAACUAACUUUCAUUGUGGAUGAAAAAAUUACCAACUUGGCGCUUGUUGACUGCCACAAAGCGUUUCAAACUGAUCCUGUUGAUUUGUUUCUUACUGUCAUUGGACACUCCUUCGGGCGCGUAUUCCGAGAUAGGGAAGUCCCUACACUAUUCAAUGAAGGGCACGGACGUGAGCCCUGGGAUGCGUCCCUAGAUAUUUCCCGGACCGUGGGUUGGUUUACUACAAUCUGCCCAAUAUCAGUUCCUGUUAAUUCUGGUGCAAAUGAUAAAUAUGGCGCCCUAGAGACGUUGCGAAGGACGAAGGACAUCAGGCACAGCAUUCCGGACAACGGCCGGUUGUAUUUCGCGGAAAGAUUCCUCUCUUCUAGGAGGGUUGCCACUACUGAUAUUCCAAUGGAGAUACUAUUCAACUAUCUCGGUCGAAUGCAGCAACUAGAACGGGAUGAUUCGCUCCUUCAACAGGCCGAUUUCGUAUCUAUCGAGCAUGAUAUUUUCGCAACAAGCGACGUCGGCCCAAAUACCCCGAGACUUGCUCUUUUUGAAAUCACUGCCGUUGUCCAAGAGGAGAAGAUUCAAUUCUCCUUCAUGUUCGACAAGAGCAUGGCUCGCACUAACGAUAUCCGUCGCUGGGUAGCGGAGUGUAAAAACACCCUUGAAGAAACCGUUAUACGCCUCGCCCAGACCUCACCAGAGCCCACUCUCAGUGAUUAUCCUUUGCUUCCACUUUCAUAUGAGGGCCUCAAGAAACUUAUUAAAAUCACCUAUCCCAAGGCUGGAAUCAAACACUGCAACGAGGUGGAGGACAUCUAUCCAUGUUCACCAAUGCAGGAGGGAAUCUUGCUCAGCCAACUCAGGAAUUCAGAUGCCUAUUUGGUUAAUUGUAUAUUCGAAGCCAAGUCCAAACAAUCUCACCGGCGAGUGGAUACUGAAAAACUUGCACAUUCCUGGGAGCGAGUCGUUAGUCGGCACGCAGCAUUGAGAACAGUCUUUGUUGAUAGCCUGUGCAAGGGAAGUACUUUUGACCAGCUUGUUGUGAAAAGUGUUGAUAGUGGCAUUAUAUUUGUCCAUUGCCAUGACUCUGAGGCCAUUGAUAAACUGAACAACAUCAAACUAAAGGACACCAACUUGAAGAAACGUCCCAAAUUGCCACAUCAGUUCAUUAUCUGCACCACAAAUAGCGGACGAGUUCUCAUCAAGCUUGAGAUUAACCACGCCAUUAUUGACGGAGGGUCAGUGGGUAUCAUGAUGGCCGAUUUGAUCGCUGCCUAUGAGGACCGUCUCCCAGAUGGUUCUGGGCCCCUAUUUAGCGACUACAUCCGGUUCAUCAGACAACAAUCUCCCGAACAAGAAAUUCACUUCUGGAAGAAUUAUUUGGAAGGAAUUCAGCCAUGCCAUAUACCCAAACAUAGCAAUCAAAGGAAGCCUCAACGAUGCUUAUCUGCAGUUGAGAUGGAAUUUAACCGGUUUCCUGAACUGCAUCAGAUGUGCGAAAAGCUUGGGGUGACUUUGGCAAAUGUGAUGCAUACCGCUUGGGCCUUUGUACUAAGAAGCUACACGCAUUCAGAUGAUGUCUGUUUCGGGUAUAUCUCUGCCGGCCGAGACGUUCCUGUCGACGGAAUUCAAGAUGCCGUUGGGGCUUUUAUCAACAUGCUCUGCUGCCGUGUCCUAUUCUCUUCCUCUUCAUCGACUGAAGAUGUUCUUCGUAAAGUACACGACGACUACCUUGCCAGUCUGCCUCACCAACGAUGUUCCCUUGCCCAAGUACAGCAUGAACUUGGAUUGGCUGGUAAAGCACUGUAUAACACUGCUUUGUCAAUUCAAAAUCACAGCCGAUCAAGCGAUGCCGCCGAGGAGGAUUUGAUGUUUGAAACCCUUUCCGCCCAUGACCCUAGCGAGUAUGUCAUUACUGUUAACGUUGAAACCGCGAAAAACGACGAAAAAGUGGUGCUGAGAUAUUGGAGCGACGCAAUUCCAGAUUUUGAGGCUAAGAAAUAUGCAAGUUCAAUGGCUGAAAUCUUGACAAAAUUCCUCGACCAGCCUAGACAAAAGGUUGCAACUCGUGACCCAGCCAUAAAACCAAGUCUAGAGAUAUCGCCAUCCGAAGACCAGGAAAGGUCGGAUUCGCCCGCCAAGCAAGAGAGCGAACGAUUCUAUGAACAGAGCGUGGCUGGAAGCUCCGCUGAUUUGACGAAGGUCGUGGAUUCCUGUGUGCGCGAGGUCAUCCAACAAAUGUUGGAGAAUGGCACCUUGAAAAGCAACCCGAGUGUCAAUAUGGCUGAUCUGGUUGACCGCAAAAUAUCCGAGAUACUGGGCCAGAAUCAAGCAUUAAUCAAGCCAGUACCUGGAAGCAGCCAUGGUACCUUCUCACCAUAUCGAAAGAAGGCGGGGUUGGAUCUUCCUUCUACCUCCUCAGAUUCCUACGAAGUUCUGGAUUACAACCCGAAAGACGAUCCCGACACUCAUUCCAUGGCCGCACAAAUCCGACGAAGAGGUCGUUCAGCUGUUAUAGAAAAGAAGCUUCUUUCUCUGUGGAGUUCUAUGCUGGAGAUGGAUGAGGAUGCAAUUGCUCCUGACGAUAACUUUUUCGAAUUAGGGGGUGACAGUCUUACAGCUAUGAAGCUUGUUGGAGCUGCCCGUGAAGAUGGUCUUGCGUUGACCGUUGCUGACGUAUUCCGCAACCCUGUCUUUGAAGAUAUGGUCACAAUGAUUCGAGUCGCAAGUUUGAUGACUGCGUACGAGGAUGGAGAUGGAGAUGGAGAUGGAGAUGCUAAUAGCAACGGGGAUUUGUCAUCUUAUCAUCGAACAGUCCCCGUACUACGGUCGGCAGCAAAGAGCGAACUAUAUCAGCGAUUCUCCCUGGUCAAGGCUACUAACAUCGAUGCCUUCCUUCAAAGCAAUAUCUGUCCGAAGGUCGGUGUCUUCAAAGGAGGUAUUGCUGAUGUUCUACCGGUCACAGAUUUCCAAGGCUUAGCAAUUACGGGAUCGCUGCUAGAGUCUAAGUGGAUGCUUAACUACUUUUUCUUUGAUGGAAACGGUCCUUUAGACCUAAAGCAGUUGAAGCUAAGUGCUUUCAGACUUGUCAACUCGAUCGAUGUUCUCCGUACCGUUUUCCUUCCACAUGGCGACCGCUUCCUGCAAGUGGUACUUCGCAAAAUGCGACCAGAUUUCUUUGUGUACGAAACUGAGUCAAACAUGGAUGAGUUCACGGCCAUGCUACAGCAGCGCGACCGGGAUCAAGGACCCCGCCUUGGAGAACCUUUCUUCAAUUUUAUAGUGGUGAAACGGAAGGAUUCUGACCAUCAUCGGAUUAUCAUCCGCAUCUCCCAUGCUCAGUACGACGGCGUCUGUCUUCCAAAGAUAUUUUUGGCCCUUCAAUCAGCAUAUCAGGACGAACCCCUGCCACCUAUGUCGUCAUUUGCUAAUUACGUCCGCAGCACUGCAAGUACCAUCACGUCAGAUCACUAUCAACACUGGAGGGCGCUUCUCAAAGGGUCCCGCAUGACGGAAAUUGUACGAAGGCAUGGGCCUAAUUAUCGAAGAUCUGCUGGCGCGACGACUCAGCUCAAGCAAACCAUCCUGUUGCCCCCAAUCGCACAUGGAAGCAUCACUACUGCGACCGUUGUCAAAUCUGCAUGGGCAUUGGUACUUGCCCAACUUACUGGCCGCUCAGAUGUUGUGUUCGGUCAUACGAUUAGUGGUAGGAAUGCCACAGUUCCAGGAGUUGAAAGUACGGUUGGACCAUGCUUGAAUAUAGUACCUGUCCGGGUAAGAUUUUGCGAAGGAUGGACAGCGCUAGACCUGCUCCGUUUUGUGCAAGACCAGCAAGUUUCCAACAUGCCUUAUGAAGCACUUGGGUUCCGUGAAAUUUCGAAACACUGUACAGAAUGGCCAGACUGGACAAACUACACUACAGUUGUUCAGCACCAGAACGUUAGUUACGGCAGUGAGAUGGAACUGGGAGGAAACACAUAUAAGAUUGGAGGUGUUGGCGCAGAUGAGGACUUUUCCGAUUUCUCAGUUAUAUCGACUCCAAAGGGUUCGGAUAGAUGCGAGAUCAGUCUCUCCUUCUCCCAGAACGGCGAUAUCACUCCAAUUUUUGCGCAGAAAGUCCUUAACAUGCUCUGUAACAUCGCCUCUAACUUUACAGCCGAGCCAAACUCCGCUCUAAUGUCACCUACAGAACUUGGCGAGCUACCUCCACAAGUUAUCGACGAAACAGGUCGACAAAACGACAACUACUUUGUAUCCUCUCAGCUCCAGGGGCUUAGCCGGGCUGAUCUCCUUGUGCUAUCUGAUGUUCUCAGUCGCAGCUGGCGUCAAGUACUUGGAGAUGACAACACAAAUGGCCUGAACCUUGAAUCGUCUUUCUUCGAUCUCAACGGAGACAUCAUGGGCUUGGCUCAGGUGUCUUGGCUCCUAGAGCAAGAAGGCUUCAAGGUGCGAAUUGAAGAUCUCAUUGACCACCCAACAAUGCUAGGCCAAAUGGCUGCCAUGUGCUCCUCGAAGGUGGAGCAAUCGAAAAUGACGUUCAUGGAUGAGGAAAGCUCUAUUCCUGCCACUCCGACGACCCCAAAGUCCGAGAAAAAGUCAUGGUUAAAGGCUAUGAACAUGGCCCGGAAGAUUGUUAAGCGAAAUACUCGGUCGUCCUAAAAAAAAACAAAAAAAAUACACAUAUAUAUAUUAAUGGCUAAGUUGACAAUGUGGCUCAUCUUCGAUCUUUUGUUUCUGUCGAUAUUUUGUUUAUCUAUGUUAAGAUCAAUCAUUUCUUUUUAUCUUUUAACAGACAUAAUCCCUUGAGCAUAGAGAGCUCUGAAUCAUUUGUACAUAGUCUAGAAAGGUUCAGAAUUUAUAUUCUUUAUUUUUA